UCGGGCCGCAACAGGAACUAGACGCACUACGCAAGUCUGUGAGCUGGACCUCUAGUCUGAGCCCUGCAGCCUCGCGAGGCUUGGGGCGGCGUUCUUCCUGAGGGCGUCACGGGGGCCGGGCAGUGGGGUCCUGGUGCCCGGCCUAGGGGCGGAGCUAGGAGAUGGCGUCCGCAGCGGCUCGCUGGCUGGCACUGGCACCCGUCGGAUCUGGGGCUUUCCGGAGCAGACUGACCCUGAGGAAAAGUGGUGAUGUCUCCGCCGGAGGGGGCGGCUCUGGUCGGAGUCUGGUACCGUCGAGGUCAGUCAUCGUUACUCGCAGCGGCGCCAUUUUGCCCAAACCAGUGAAAAUGUCCUUCGGCCUUCUCCGCGUGUUCUCCAUCGUGAUCCCCUUUCUCUAUGUCGGGACGCUCAUUAGCAAGAACUUUGCUGCUCUCCUUGAGGAGCAUGACAUUUUUGUUCCAGAGGACGAUGAUGACGAUGACUAACAGGGCAUGGAGGAAGCACAGAGAGGAGAAAGCCCCUAUCCGCAGAUGGACCCAGGGAAAGCCCUCAGCCUCCCAACCCCAUAGAAGCCUCCUGCAUGGUCUGUGACCACAGCCCAGAUCCCCAGGCUCUGGGAGGUUCCUGGAGAUGUUCUGUCCACUGAGCAUAAUCAAAUCAUGAGUAAACAUAAUAAACCUCAGCUCUGUGUGACUGA